UAGAAGAGAAGCGCUACGAUUGGCUAUGAGGCCCAAGUUUCCUCUCGUUUUGUUGACCUGAGUUUCCUCUAAGUUUCUGCGGCGGCGGGAGAGGAGCUCCAUCCCAACCAAGACCACCGCCACCGCCUCCUCCCCACGCUGCCAGAUCCCGCCGCCGACUCCUCCUCCAAGUUCCCUCGUCCGCCAGAUCCCGGCGUCGCCGUCGCCUCCAACGCAACCUCCCUCGGCCGCCGGCAGACGUUGGAAGGCUGGCUUUCACUCCGGUUUGAAAGGCUGAAGUUUUCAUCGUGUGUUAGAAAAAGCUCACCAUAGAGUUAGGAAAUGGACAUGGCAUUGCCGAUUGUCAAUGCCACCACGGCGGUGCUUGCUCGUGUCUCAGCUGCAUUCAACGCUCCUCUUGCCCGUGCGGUCGUCUUCGGUGUUCAUAUCGAUGGUCACUUGGUUGUGGAAGGACUUCUUAUUGCAGUCAUAGUGUUUCAGCUUUCUAGGAAGAGCUACAAACCUCCAAAGAAGCCACUUAGUGAAAAGGAAGUCGAUGAGCUAUGUGAUGAAUGGGAACCAGAACCUUUGUGUCCUCCAAUCAAAGAGGGGGCCCGAAUUGAGGCACCAAUCUUGGAAAGUGCUGCUGGACCACAUACAACCAUUGAUGGGAAGGAAGUUGUAAACUUUGCAUCAGCAAACUACCUUGGUUUAAUUGGCAAUGAGAAAAUUACCGAUUCUUGUGUUGGUUCGUUGGAGAAAUAUGGCGUUGGAUCCUGUGGUCCACGUGGCUUUUAUGGAACAAUUGAUGUCCACCUUGACUGUGAGGCAAAAAUAGCUAACUUCCUGGGAACGCCGGACUCCAUUUUGUAUUCGUAUGGGAUAUCUACCAUAUUCAGUGUGAUACCUGCCUUUUGUAAGAAAGGAGAUAUCAUAGUGGCUGAUGAAGGUGUUCACUGGGCAGUGCAAAAUGGUCUCUAUCUCUCAAGAAGUACUGUUGUUUAUUUCAAGCAUAAUGAUAUGGCUUCACUCGCUAGCACUUUGGAAAAACUUACUCGUCGGAACAAACGUACUGAGAAUAUUAGACGCUACAUUGUUGUGGAAUCUAUCUACCAGAAUUCUGGUCAAAUUGCCCCCUUGGAUGAGAUAAUCAAAUUGAAGGAGAAAUAUCGUUUCCGUGUUAUUUUAGAGGAGAGUCAUUCGUUUGGUGUGCUUGGCAAGUCUGGACGGGGCCUUGCUGAACAAUAUGAAGUUCCAAUUGACAAAAUUGAUAUUAUCACUGCUGGAAUGGGAAAUGCAUUAGCUACCGAUGGUGGCUUCUGUACAGGAAGCGCCAGAGUUGUUGAUCAUCAGCGUCUAAGCAGUGCUGGCUAUGUUUUCUCUGCCUCUCUGCCACCAUAUCUUGCCACUGCGGCACUUUCUGCUGUAAACUAUUUGGAGGAGAAUCCCUCGGUUCUAGCCAACCUAAGGAGCAACGUUGCUCUUCUGCAUAAAGGACUGUCAGGUACACCAGGGCUUGAAAUUUCUAGCCAUCUUCUGUCACCUAUCGUCUUCCUCAAGCUGAAGAAAUCGUCAGGGUCUCUAACCACUGACCUAGAUCUUCUCGAAACCAUUGCCGAUCAGGCUUUGAAGGAAGAUUCGGUUUUCGUCGUGGCAUCGAAGAGGUCAACUUUGGACAGGUGCAAGCUUCCGGUUGGAAUCCGCCUGUUCGUAUCAGCUGGUCACACGGAAUCAGACAUCUCCAAAGUGUGUUCAUCCUUGAAGAGGAUUUCCGCGUCGGUCCUUUCAGACCACGUUUGAUCCUGGAUCCCCUUCAAGAAGAGAGCGACUUUGGUCGGUCUUCGAUGCCCUGUGUACUCUACUACUCUAGGCUGUGUGUUUGGUAUAUGUACAUAACAGUUAUGUACAUUUCUAGAUCUGAUCAACUCGUGUUGUUGCUGAAAAUUUUGUAAAACUUUGUGGCUAGAGAUGCCACGCUUUUGCUGUACAUUUGACUGAUUUACAUGUUGUAAACUAGAUAUUUUUUCA